AUGGAGCAAAUCGUGGUUAAAACUGAGGUGCAACCAAAUGGAGACAUAUUACUAUUUUAUGUUGAUGAAAAUGAAGAAGCAGAUGCUGGGACAUUUGACCAAGAAAAUGGGAAUGUUAUGCACAUGCUGCCGGAAACAAAAUAUGUGAUAGAAGACAACGGAGAAGGAGAGUCUGCUGACGAACUGGAUAUCGCACAAGCCGCUGAGGAAGUAGCUAAAGAAACUUGGCUGAAUGAAGAAAUAAAACGACUUAUAGUCUUCUAUAUUGAUAAUAAAGAAACAUUCCUUAGUGGGACAACAAAGAAAAAACAUUUGUGGGCUGUAGCUUGCAGAACUAUACUCACAGGCAAGAAUCCGGUUUCAUGUGAAGUUAAAUUAAGAAUGCUCAAACAACAGUUCAUACAACUAUGUUUAGAGAAACAGAAAGGGAAUAUCGUCACUUGGCCGUAUUAUGAUCUAUGUCACCAAGCAUUCUAUGAAGAUAGCUUUGAAACUGUAACAAAUGAUUCCGAGCCAAAUAAAGUGAUUAUUAACAUGCCCGUACAGAAUGUUGUCAAUCAAGAUGGUAUCUUAGUGGUGAAGAAAGUUAAUAGCGGCCAAGGAAAAGAUGUUGAUGAAAAAGUUGAAGCCAUGCUCAAACUUUAUAUAAAGCAUAAGAAAACAUUCAAGAGGAAUAAUCAUAUGCCGAGAGGUUUGUGGGAAACGAUAGCAUUAGAAAUGGGUGAAGACGAUGUUGAAUAUUGGCACAAAAGAUUUCUUAAUUUCAAACAGCAUUAUGUCAGGAUGCUUUAUAAAAAGAAAGAGAGCGGCCCUGAAAAUAUUCAUUGGCCGUAUAUGAAAUAUUUUGAUCACAUUUUCUGUGACGAUGAGGAGUUUCAGAAGAAAUUUCUUCCCAGUAAUGAAGAUGACGACAGCCAAGAUACUGAACUCCAAGAAGAUACGUGGAGUGAUACAGAAAAAACUUUUCUUGUCAAAUAUUAUUACGAUUGCUUCCAAGAAUUUCAAGAUUCGACCAUACCAAACCAAUUUCUAUGGCAAGAAGUUGGUAGAUUACUCAAUAGAAAACCAGAUGUUUGCAAGGAUAAAUACAACGAGUUAAAGAACCAACAUUUCAAUUUACUUCUAGAAAGGGUAUAUGAUAUGACAAAUAGAGUGCCAAUGGCCAUUAUAUUUGACAAUAUAAUCGCAAAAGAGACAUUGAUCGAAUUAGAACAGCCAGCGAAAAGGUCGGAUUCUUCAGAUAUAUGGAAAACUGAGCAAAUUGAUGAAUUGGUUGAAUAUUUGUAUGAAAAUAUAAAUAUGUUAAAAGAUCUCAUAUGUUACUAUGUUUGUUGGGCGACUAUAUCUAAGAAAAUCGAGAGAACUGUACAAUCAUGUAUGAAACAGUGGGAUUCAUUGAAAACGCUUUAUAAAAGUAUAUUAGAAGAUAAGAAGGAAAAUUCUGAUAUGCAAAUAGAUUGGAGAUACAUAGAUCUGUUUGAUAGAAUAUUUGACUAUGGAAUGGAUACUAACUUGCUCGAUGGCUAUGAAAAAACAAAAGAACUUAGCAAUAAUACUAGUAACGGAAAAGUUGGAGUUAAAAAAAUAACAAUAAAAGGGGAUUACGAAAAUUUUGCUAUGGAUGGCACAGACGAUGAAGAAUCGUACGACGAAAGAGGAUUCACAAAACGUUCCAAGAAAAGAAACGGUGACACGAAAGCCUUUAAAAUAUUAGAGUACUAUUUGAAGAACAAAGAUAAAUUUUCAUCAUCCCAACAAAAAAAACUCGCAUUAUGGGAAAUAUUGGCAAAACAAAUCGGCCUCUCAGCUACAGAAUGUGCCCAUAGAUUUCGUAACUUCAAACAAGUUUAUAUAGGUUACGUUCAACGUGAAAUAAAUAAACCCGAAAUGCCAAUAUUAUGGCCAUAUUACACUUUAUGCAAGAAAGUUUUCGGAUAUAGAGCUAUAAAGUCCAAGUUAAAGAACGGAAAACUAGAAUCUGAGGAUGGUGAAGAUUGGUCGGCGAAGGAAAUAAAGCAAUUGAUUAACUAUUUCUCAAGAAACUAUCAUGAUUUGGUUGAUAAUAUCGAAGAUAAAUCCAGAUGGGUCCAAGUAGCGCAGGAAAUGGGCAGAACUGAGGGUAGUUGUUGUGAUAAAUUUCUAGAAUUAAGAAAAUCCUAUAGGAAACUUAAGACAAUGAAAUCAAGGAAUCCAGAUGUUAAAGUUUCUUGGAAGUAUUUCAAUAUGAUCGAUGAGAUAUAUCAAAACGGUGCGGAAAAUAUUGAGGUCUUGGAAGAAAUGGAUUUUGAAGAAACAACUGCCUUUGACGUUAAGACGGAAAUUCAGGAAGACGAUGACUUCCAAUGCAUAAUAGUUGUACCCGAAGGAGAUGAUAUUAAUAACGCUCAGAUUAUAAUACAAGACGAGAAAAAUUCAACAGAAGACAACGCAGAGGCAACUGGAGUUAGGAAAAAUAUUACAGUAUGGAAUAGAAAAAGCAAGAGACGUUUAUUAAUAUUAUAUCUGAAAUAUUUAAGAUCGAAUAAGGAAAGAGAAAUUAAUACAAAAGAUAUGUGGACGGAAAUUGCUUCACAGUUAGAAGCCAAAACACCAGUAUCCUGCAAGAAAAUGUACAUGAAACUGAAGAAUCAAUACAAUAUAGACAAAGAAAAAAAUAUUAUAACACCCUACAAUGCUAUAAUAGAAAAAAUCUUGGCUAUUAAACCUAGAUUCGCUAAAUCAAAUAAAAUUAAAUCAUUAGAUGACAUAACUGUUUACAAUGAUGUACCAAUGUCUGAAGAAAAAGUUCUAAAUGCCUUAAAUUACUAUAUGCAAAAUCUAGAAGAUUUUGUGAGUCCUAAAUUCGAAAAACGAUAUCUAUGGAUCGAACUUGCCAAAUAUAUAUCUGAAUCGGUGACAGAUGUGUAUAGUAAAAUAAAUUAUAUGAAGCAGAAUCAUGAUAAUAUUGAUUCACCGUUCCGUGAAGUUGUUCAAGCUAUUAUUGCAAAGGAAAAUACGUUGAAAGAAGUUAAUAAAGAUUUAAGUACAGUCAAAGAUGAUGAAAAUGAAGGACAAAUUUGGUCUGAUUUGGAAAUUGAACGUCUUUUGACUUGGUAUUUGGCACAUUUAGACAAAUUUAAAAACCCAAAAUUCGUCAGAAGCUAUCUUUGGAUGGAGGCGUCUGAUAUAUUGAAGAAAAGUCCACUUGUCUGUUCAAAGAAAAUGCUAGAAAUAAGAUCACAAUAUAGAAGCAUGGUUAAGGAAAAUCCAGAAGAAUUAAACAAUUGGAAGUUUUAUAAUCUAUGUCAAAGAAUUUAUGGUACAGGAAAGAAGAGUAAUUAA